AUGGUUGGAAUCUACCGAAGUUUCCAGGGGUUGGAAACCUGUGUUAAACUCAAGUAUGGUUUGGACCUAUCGGAGUAUCCAGGGUUAGAAAACCUGUUUUCAAGUAUGAGUAGAAUGUGUAGUUUGACGGAGAGUGAGUUAGAACCUGAGCUGGUUAAAGCAAGGUUGGAUCCUACUCAGAUCCAUCUCUGCAAAAAGUGCAAGGAGAACAAACCUAUUACGGGUAUUGAGAGUGAUCACAAAAAACUCCUAUUCCACCCUCAUGUUCUUUACGUGGAUGAAGGUUGUCUACUACAGUUAAACAAACAGCAGAGAAUUAACAAUAUCAGGGAACGACUCAAAGAGGCGGAGUAUACAGGGUUUCCUCUUUACGUUUCCCUUCUGGAGACUCCCUCCAGGGUUUCCUUCGUCUCUUCUCCGACAGAGUUCGACUACGCAGAACUUUCUUUUAAUGAUGGGUUGGGAGAGGAGUUGCUCCGAGCUGUUGAAAAUAUCAAAGAGAACUCGGCAAAGGAAGAUUUUAUUAACACUAUGAGACGAAGAUCUAUCCUUACAGGAUCCAAGGAGAUGGAUUGCUCCAAGGUCUUUACGGGAGAGAACGGGACAAAGAUCUCUAUAGAUCUGCUUGCUGGAGUUUCUAUGGGUAAAGGUGUAAACCUAUCCCAUGAGACAGGGUUUAAGGAUACACGGGAUCCAGUAACAAUCCUGAGACCGCUGCGGGACGUGUCUGGAAAAGAAUUGGCUCUCUACUCCCAGUUUCAUUCUUUAAUGUUUUCUCCGGGUCCUAAUUUAACUACAGGUAAGGACGGAUUGUUCAGUAUCCGGAAACUAACUGAAGAGUUCCUUGUUGGGUUACAGGCGGACUUUCCGGCUACUCUCAGCACUGUCUUCAGGACCGGAGAUAAACUUCAGGUGGAUACAGAGGAAACUGUAGAACCCUGUAUCCUGUGUGAAGGACCCCUGGAUACAAAUGCUACUGAGCACUGUUCCCUCCAAGCUACCUACUGGUCUCAGAUUGUAUCUUCAAAGGGAACAACAUUAGGAGAUGAAUUUUUAUCCUGUGAUAACCUUGAGACCUUGAGCCUUGAAACCCUGAGGAUGGAGAUAGAUCCGUCCUGCAGCUCUAGGACGGAUUGCUGCGGAGAGGGAGACGGGUCCUGUAAGAGUAACCGAGUAUUAAGGUUGAGAGAUGUCCUCCCCCUGCUCUGCUACUCCUGUAUGAGAACUAUAACAAAUUCCAAAAAUCUGGAAACGUUGCCUAAAAAGGUUUUGGAGGCAAUACAACUUAGAAGGAAUCGGUUAGAAAUGAAAAAUGAAAUAAGCGAUUUUUUACUUUGAUAAAUUUUCAG